GGCUGUCGGGAGGAGGCUGAUGGAGGACAGGGGGACCAGCAACUUGUAAGCAAACAUUUACACCGACAUAAAACAAAACACACAAAAAAAGAUGCAGCAAAAGCCCCCCCGCGGAGGCAAACAAUGCUCAGGCCUGAAGUGAAGAAGUUUGUUGUUGCUGUCACAGCGUAAGUGCACGGGUGCAACAAAGCGAGAAACGCACCCAGCACAGAUGGAUUUGACCUAUUUGAAUUGACAGUCGACGCGGUGUCAGAAAGGCGUUAAAUGUUUCGAAAAUAUAAGUUACCGUCCUGACAAAAUGACCCGUUUGCACUGCGGGCUUCACGCUUUCGGACAAAGAGCGUCUUCCAUUCACUUCUUCAUCGCGGUCCUGGUGGUCCUGGAAAACUGCAAAACUUUGGGAUUGGGAUUAUCACAUGAACCAGAAAGAUUUCAGGAUGACUUCCCUUUGUACGAGGUGGUUCACCCUACGAGAGUGGAUGCCAAGGGUCACUUCCUGUCCAAUUUCCUGUCUCACCAUGCUCGCCGUUUACAGCGCAGGGAAGCCUCAGUGGAACCAGCAGGACUAGAUCGCAUCUUCUACCAGUUUUGGCACGGCGGCCACAACUUGCACUUCAACCUCACUCUGAAUCCUCACCUGCUGGCUCCAGGCUUCAUGACUGAGAGGAGGUUUGGUGGCCUGAAGGGGGCACGGAUCAAACCUGCUGGAUCCUCCCACUGUCAUUUCUUGGGUGAAGUGUGGGAUGAUGCCAUUGUGAAAGGGAGCGCAGCUAUAAGUACUUGUGAUGGCCUGACGGGACUCUUCAAGUUGUCUGAUGAAGAGUUCUUUAUUCAGCCUCUGGAGACAUCAAGUGAUGAAACAUCAGCACCACAGGCCCAUGCCAUCUACAAACGCUGCAGGGAAGGCGAGGAGCAGUGGGCUCAGAAUUAUCAUCAAAGCUUUAAAGACAUUGAGAGACAGCGGGAGCGUUGGGAGCGCAGGCAGCAGAGAAGGAGGAGAAGAAUUCGUCAACGCUCUGUCAGCAAAGAGAAAUGGGUGGAAACGCUGGUGGUGGCUGACCCCAAAAUGGUGGACUAUCAUGGGAGCAAAGCUGUGGAAAGCUACAUACUUGCUGUCAUGAAUAUUGUUGCAGGUCUCUACAGAGACGCCAGUAUUGGGAAUGCAAUCAACAUCGUGGUUGUUCGACUCAUCCUGCUGGAGAAGGACGAGGAUGACUUGAAGAUUACACACCACGCUGACAACAGCUUAAACAGCUUCUGUAAGUGGCAAAAGAAACUCAACAUGAAAGGGGACGAGCACCCGCUCCACCACGAUGUCGCUGUUCUGCUCACCAGAAAGGACAUCUGCGCAUCCGUCAACACACCUUGUGAAACCCUGGGUCUGUCGCAUGUGGCGGGAAUGUGUCAGCCGCAUCGCAGUUGCAGCAUUAGCGAGGACACGGGCCUCCCACUGGCUUUCACUGUAGCACACGAGCUAGGACACAACCGUGGCUGGGGCUGGUGCCUCGAUGAUGCCCCAGUGAAGGAUAGGUUGUCUCUGUCUACGGUGCUUCCUGGCGUUCUGUACAGUGCUGUCCAUCAGUGUCGGCUCCAGUAUGGAUCAGGAUCCCUGCUCUGUGAUGACAUGGAUAAUGUAUGCAGCACUCUGUGGUGCACUGUGGGAACAACCUGCCACUCAAAGCUGGAUGGGGCUGUGGAUGGAACGAGUUGUGGGGAGGACAAAGUGAGUUUUUCCUCUCAUGACCGUGCCAGGAAGAUGGUCGUGAUGAGAUUGCUUAUAUUGGUUCCUAGGUACAGAGGGAAGUAUUGUCUGGGAGAGCGACGCAGGUACAAGAUCUGUAACACCACACCUUGUCUUCAUCACCUGCCCACGUUCAGGGACAUCCAGUGUAGUCACUUCAACAGUCAGCCAUACAAGGGCAAGUUCUACAAGUGGGAGGCAGUCAUCAACACGGGCUAUGUAGACAUUGGACUGAUCCCAGAGGGAGCCUGGGACAUUCACAUUGAGGAGUUGGGUGCAGCUGGAAAUUUCUUGGCACUCCGAAGUGACAAUCCCAGCAAGUAUUUCCUGAAUGGUGGCUGGACGAUCCAGUGGAAUGGAGAAUACAAGGCUGCUGGAACAGUAUUCACCUAUGAAAGGACCGGACAGCUUGAAAACCUGACAUCUCCAGGGCCCACUACAGAGCUUCUGUGGAUUCAGCUUCUCUUUCAAGAGGCCAAUCCAGGAGUGAGGUACGAGUACACCAUCAGUCAAAAUGUCUCAGAAAAGAACAACACCCCGGUGUCAGUUUUCUACUGGAAAUACGGUUCGUGGACUGAGUGCAGCGUUACUUGCGGAACAGGUGUUCAGAGGCAGAUUAUCCACUGUGUGGAAAAGACAACUGGGAUAGUUGAGGAGCACUUCUGUGACCACUUAACCCGACUUGACCACAACCAAACCAGCUGUAAUAAGGAUCCUUGUCCAGCCAUAUGGUGGGUUGGGGAGUGGCAGAAAUGCUCAGCGACCUGUGGGAGCUCAGGCCAAACUAAAAGGACAGUUCUUUGCAUUCAAGCAUUAAGUGCGGAGGAGCAGAAAGCCCUGGAGCCCAGUAACUGUGAACACAUCCCCAAACCUGAGUCACUAUCCUCCUGCAACACACACAUCCCCUGCCCAGCAGACUGGACCACUGGCAGCUGGUCAAAGUGUUCACUGUCUUGUGGAAGUGGAGUACGUCACCGUAAUGUUACCUGCUCUAGAAACACAGGGGUUGAUUGUGACCCCCAAAAGAAACCUUUAGCUGUCAGUACCUGCUACAUCCAGGAAUGUCCACAGAUUGUCGAUAAUUUUGGAGGUUUCGACUGGUCUGGAAGUGGCUGGUCCAGCAAAGAAGUGCUUAAUGAAAUAAACCCCAUACCCGAAGUCAAACCUCCUGCCAAGUACAGCACCACCAGAGAGCAGCCAAGAGUUCAUAACGACCUUAAUGACAUCGUUGAGGGAGAUUUCCACUACCACAACAACAUUGAAAAUACUGAUCACUCUCAGGACAACUAUGUCCCGGUGGACGAUUUUUACUAUGACUAUAACUUUAUCAACUUCCAUGAAGACUUGUCAGAUGACUUUGGGAGCAAUGGAAACAAUUCAGUCAGUCACGGUUUGAGUGUUUUGCAGGAGGUCGAGCCAACCCACAGUGUGAAAGAAGAUGCUCACAUAGAAAUUGCAGCCACUCCCACAGCUACUUCAGCCGUUCCAAAGCCCACUGCCUACACUUUGGAAACCGAAAAUCCUCAGAACACAAAAGUGAACGUAUCAAAGGGCAGUAAAAAUGCAGCGGAAAAAGAGGUUUUGCAAUCAAAUUCUGAAAACUUGGAUGACUAUCUUUCUGAGGAUUUUCUUCUGCCUGUGUCGACCACUCACUCUCCACUAUUGUCUACAACUCAGCAAUCAAAACCAGCGGCAGAGAAGCAUGGCAUUCUGUGGCUGCCUGAAAACAUUAGUGCCGUGCCUAGUCUGGGUUCCACUACAAAGCAGCCUUUACAGGAUGUGAAAUGGGGGCAAUAUGCAGAGGAGGCUGAAAAUAACUAUGACAGCUUCAGUGAGGAGGAGAAUGACACUGAGGAUGUCACUAUGACUCCAAAGCAGACUGUUUCUACUCCGAGACAACAAACAGCUAUCAGUACUCCUGACUCUACUGUUGAAGGGGCUCAGGAAACAAAGGAAUAUGACAAUUAUGACUAUAUCUCUGCAGACCAGGAGGAUGUCGAGAGUCCAGAACCUUCAGGUCCCCCCACAUCAGAAACUACAAUUCAAAUUAAGACUGAAGUUCCACUGGAUGAAAAUACUGCAGAAAUACCUCAAGCCAGUCGGUCAACAUUAUUUUCAAAUGCCUUCACAAUGGAUGAUGUCAACACGGAUCAGACUAAUUUUGAUACAUUAUACGCCACUACCGAGAAUUAUUCACGGGAUACCGACAGAGACCUCAGCACAACCUCACUUCCUGCCUCUGAGAAAUCCAUUCCUCCCCCUGUUUCCUCUUUGCUCAUCUCAGGUAACCAAGAGGCCUCCACAUCAUUAACUGGAACAGCAAUCAUACCUCCUACUCAGUUUUCUCCAGCUGAUUUCCCAACGCAUACGAUGAAACCGAUUCCGUCAAAGCCAGAGUUCACUAAAACAACUGGAACGUAUCCCACAUCUCAAGCUCCGUUGUUUGAUGUAGCGAAUUAUGACUACAACGAAAUAGCCUUUCCACCCGUGGUGAGGAGCGGCGUUAACAGUGAUCCUGGCUCUUCAUACCAGGUUUCAACAAGCUCAGGAGCCACUCCUCAACACAGCACAACAUCAGCACAAGACUCGGACUCUCUGUGUAAAACUGAGAGUGAUAGGUUAAAGUUGUACCUUUUUGGACAGUGCUCCAACAAUUGUGAAGGUGGCAUUAAAUUGCGGGAGGUUCAUUGCUUUGACCUGAGGGACCAAAGACCCCUUCGACCUUUCCACUGCCGAGCCAUGUCCUCCAGGCCCCAAACAACGAUGUCCUGUAACCUUCAGCCAUGUCUUGAAUGGUACACCUCCUCCUGGGGUCAGUGUUCAGCUUCUUGCGGAGUUGGAGUGCAGCAUCGACUUAUUAAAUGUGUUGACACCAGGGCUGAGACAGAUGGAGAAGUUGAUCAAGCUCAAUGUCACCACGAGCCACCGCCUGAGGGCACCCGAAAGUGUAACACGCAAGAGUGUGAGAGCGUACAGCCUGGUGAGUAA